UAUUUCCCGCCAAAGUCCACCGAAGGCUGUGUGUGAAUGUUGUUUAUAGUUUCAUGUGCGGUUUUACUAUUUCGUUAGAAACUAAGGUGAAAUUAAUUGCGUUGUUGAGAAGGAUUCAACGAUAUUAUUAAUUGUUGUUUAAACGAACAUAAUCGAUAAGAUAAACUUUGCUGUGUUAAUAUUUUUACGAAAAUUCUACGAUGGCAAAGGUACAACUUGCAAAUGUUGCGGUUCUCGACAAUCCUUCGCCGUUUUUAAAUCCUUUUCAAUUUGAAGUAACCUUUGAAUGUAUCGAAGAUUUGAAAGAAGAUUUGGAAUGGAAAAUGAUCUACGUUGGCAGUGCAGAGUCAGAGGAGUUUGAUCAAGUUUUGGAUACCAUAUACGUUGGACCAAUUCCAGAAGGACGGCAUAUGUUUGUCUUCCAAGCUGAUCCUCCUGAUGUCAGUAGAAUUCCUGUGAAUGAUGCAUUAGGUGUUACAGUAGUACUCUUAACGUGCUCUUACAGAGGCCAUGAAUUUGUGCGUGUUGGUUAUUUUAUUAACAACGAGUAUAUGGAUCCUGAACUAAGAGAAAAUCCUCCUCCACAACCACAGUUUGACAAAGUGCAAAGAAAUAUCUUGGGUGAUAAGCCACGUGUUACAAGAUUUAAAAUUAAUUGGGAUGACGGUGCUAGUUCUACAGAAAAUAGUGUACCAGAAGGUAUGGAAGCACCAAAUCUGGAAGAAACCUCCCAAGAUGCCCCAACAUCUACAUUGGGUUUUACAGAAAAUCCACAAAAUAGCAUGGAAGUGAUGUAAACAUAUUUUUAUCUACUAAUAAGAAAGAUAAUUCAAUUGUCGUUCCGACUUACUUAAAUAUCUGAGUGCUACCUGAGAAAAAAGAAAAAAAAAAAACAAAAAAAAAGAAAAACAAUAACAACAAAGCUCUUUCACAUAUUUAAAUAAUUUAAGGAAACAAGCAAAAUACUUUUUUUGAAGUAUCAGUUAAUAUCAACUGCAUACUUAUCGGAUGUUAAAUGAUAUUAUGUAAAAAGAAAUGCAGUAGUAUCUUAAAUCAUUGAUAGUAUAUGCUUGUAUUGUUCAAUUGUUAAACACUUGUUCGGUUCAAUGUUCGGUUUUCAUAGAUCUAUCUAAUCCUUUGUGCAAAAUUAGAUAUUGAUGAUUUGUUCAAAACCAUUUCAUUUUAAUAUAUAAUAUUUUGUGAAACUAGAAAACAUAGAUUUAAUCUCGCUUAAUUUUAAUGAAUCGAUUAAACGUUCGAAAAUUGAAAUGAGAAGAGAAAAGAAAAACAAUGGUGUAUAUUAUAAGAUAGAAGUUAUUUUCCAAAUAAAAGGGUAAAAAAUGAAAAAAAAAAAUAGUUUGUUAGAAUGUAUGAUGUAACAUCGGAUAUCUAAGAGAAUCAAUUUAAUAUUUAUUUAAAACAAAUUUAUUAUCUUCAAUAGUAUGCUUUAGCAGAUCAUUGUUUUUCAAGUAUGUACUUCUAUGCGAUAUACUGUUAAUGCAUUGACUGCCAUACAAGUCUACGUUUUGCCAUAGACAUCACAAUUCUAAGAUAAGAUAUAAACAAUAUUGUAACACCAGUCAUAGAUGAUCUUUGUAGGCUCAUUAACAAAAUAAAUACAGAGCACCGGUGACUGAUAUAGUCAAUGCAUUAAUAUUAUUAACAUAGAAGUUCAUAGUGCUUCAUCAUUUGAUUUUAAUAUAAAACAGAAUGCGAGAUUUUCAACAAAACACUGAAAUCUCUAAAUAAAAUAUAAACCGCUAAUAUUUAUUAAAUAAUAAUAUAAAAUUUGUAUUAAAAAAAUCGCACAAAUUUUUAGAUUUAGUUAAUGUAUCGUUGGAAAUAUUUGCCGUCUUGUUUACAUCAUAUUAACUGUGAAAUCCGAUGCUACGCUAGCUUGAUAGGAUAUUGAAACUUCUAUUUUACUAGUGUAUAUAUUAUGAAAAGUUAAUGAAAAAAAUACAUAAAAAGUUUUCUACUUGAA